AUGCAGAAACAGAAAACUUACAAUAAAACAGGGGAAAACUUCUAUAAUCACACACACGCGCUCAAACAUACACGCACUCACACGCACACGUGUGAAUCAAAUCCUACCGAUAGUGCCAGCUCACCGACACAAGAUGACAAGCCUUCUGGUAACUGGUGGGAUUCUUGGAUAUCCUCUGCCAAAACCAAGUCAGCUGAAGUCUACACAAUGGUCAAGAAGGAUCUCGAUGAAAUCGGCACGGCUGUCAAGUGUGAAGCCAGUCAUGUCUUCAGUUCCACAUCUAAUGUUAUUGGCAAGACUCUUAAGUUGGAUGUUCCAGAGUCACCAGCCAAUGUUAUGAAGAAAAGUUUUAGCAGUUUUAUCGGUCAAGUUAGCACUGUCUUGAAUCCGGAACCUGACGAUGAAGAUGACACAGAAGUGAUACUUUCAUCCGGUGAUACAACUAUGUUAUCUACAUACAAGAAAGAACUAGAAGCCCUCCAACGUGUUGACGCGACAUACAUAGUCCCAGCCUACAGUCCAGAGUUUGAUGCCUGGCGAACCAGUCUAGAAGACUCGGAGGUCAUAAAGCCGACGUCAGCGGUGAAACGUUUGGAAUCCAGUCCCUUGUUAAAGGCACAGUAUGAGAAACUUGUACCGGAUGCUGUAUCUCAUGAGGAGUUCUGGGAGAGAUACCUAUUCCGAGUGGCCUUGCUACAAGACCGUCUGGCAGCCGCGUCUCGCAAACAACCUGUUGAAGAAACUACCGCAGACCCCGUACUCGCUCACCUACCAAUGCAGACUCCCAUUGAACAAAGUCCUAAAAAAGUCUUAUCCGGUAUAACACCAGAGGACGUUAAUCCAGAAGAAAAGGUUAUAAUAGACAACGUCGUCGCUUGGGAUGAUGAAGAUUUCGCGAAUGAUGUAGAACUGACAGAAGAACAGCAAAUACUACUUCUAGAAGAAUACGAAAAGGAAAUAGCAAUGAAGAAAAACAAUAAAUCAAAAGAUAACACAAACAACAACAAGGAAGCGAGAGGUAAACAAAACAAUAAGACAAAUGAAAUACAGAAUAAAAUUAAAACACCAGUAAAAAAACUAGAUGAGUGUGGCAAUAAUUUGGUAGAAGAUUAUUUCGAUGAUAAAGAAGUAAAAGACGACGCUAGUGCUAAUUCAGAUGAAAGUUGGGAAAAAAUUGAGGAACCAGUCGAACAGAAAGCCUGAUUGUUGGCAUACAUCUCAUCGCUAUAUUCAAGAAAAUAGCAAUAUUACUGAGACCAUUUCAAGAUAAAAAGGAAAAAACAGAUUUAAGACGGCGACAACAUAUUAAAAAUAAUGUAACCGGCAGCUCGAGCUCAACACUAGUUUUUACGUAUGGCAAUAUUGAGAAUUUAUAAUAAAACGCCCUUUUCAGCCUGCCUAUAAGUUUUCAUGGCUUAUGCUAAAUCCAUACUAUAGUGUGUGAUAUAGAACCUAUAUACAUAAUAUAAUAAUAAAAAUGUAGAUGAUGAUUAGGUAGUACAUAAGGUAAAUAGUUUGACGUGUAAUAUGUAAAUUAAAGUUAAGUAAGUAAAUAAUAUAAAUUGCGUAACGGUUA